AUGUCGACCCCAGAGCUCGUGCCGCAAACAGAGUCCAUCGCCGAAGUCUACGCUACAGACGAGGCUUCGCUGGCAUCUGUUGCACCGCAGCACCAGCAACGAUGGACUAACCUCGUCUCCCAAUUCAAUAAGACCUACAGCUACCGCCCGGACUUCGUGGCGCGCAGUCCUGGCCGUGUCAACAUCAUCGGCGAGCACAUCGACUACUCACUGUACGAUGUCCUGCCAACCGCCGUUAGCGUCGACGUGAUCAUGGCCGUCAAGGUGGUCCCUGCCAGUGGUACAGAGUCGAUCAUCAAGAUCGCCAAUGUGUCACCCGAGAAAUUCCCCACGCGCGAGUUCAGCGUGCCCCACGAUAAGGACGUCGAGAUUGACCCCAAGAAGCACGAGUGGGUGAACUACUUCCGCGCCGGUCUGUCCGGUGCUCUCAAGUUCCUGCGCAAGGAGAAGUCCGAUGGAUCUUUUGUUUCUGCUAGCAUGGAGAUCCUUGUUGACGGCAAUGUUCCUCCCGGUGGUGGUAUCUCUAGCAGUGCUGCCUUCGUUUGUGCCAGUGCCUUGGCCGUCAUGAAGGCCAACGACCACAAUGUCUCUAAACAGGAUCUUCUGGAUCUUGCUGUUGUUUCGGAGCGUGCUGUCGGUGUCUACUCUGGCGGCAUGGACCAAGCAGCAUCAAUCUUCUCCAAGCGCGGCUACCUUCUCUACACCCAAUUUUUCCCCCAGUUCCAAGCCCAACACGUGCCAAUCCCCAAAGCCGCAGACGAAAUCACCUUCCUGAUGGCCCAAAGCUUCGUGACCUCCAACAAAGCCGACACCGCCCCACGCCACUACAACCUGCGCGUAGCAGAGUGCACCCUUGCUGCUGUAAUCCUCGCCAAGAAUUACGGCCUCACUCUACCAAAGGACAACAGCUCCCUAGGUUACAGUCUCCGCAACUUCCAAAACGAGCUAAUGACAAAGGAAGGUCGCCUGCAAGACCCACUGGAAUACCAAAUCGACUCAGUAAUCCAAGCCACACAAGACCUCUUCACAAAAGAAGAAGGCUACACGCGCGAAGAAAUGGCCUCGCUGCUCAGCAUCACCGUGCCAGAACUGGAAUCGACCUUCCUCUCCGCCUUCCCCGUUCAAGCCGAGCGCUUCCGUCUCCGCCAGCGCGCCCUGCACUGUUUCAAGGAAGCGCGCCGCGUGCUCGAUUUCAAGGCUUGUCUCAGCAAGGCGACGGAGCUGGACGAGAAGCGCAUUCACUAUCUUGGUCAAUUGCUCAAUGAGUCCCAGGCUUCGUGCCGCGAUUCUUAUGAGUGCAGUGCGCCUGAGGUCGAUGAUAUCUGUGCUAUUGCUCGUCGGGCUGGUACUUGGGGUAGUCGGUUGACUGGUGCUGGUUGGGGUGGCUGUACUGUUCACAUGUUGCCUCAGGGUAAGGUUGAGGCUGUUACCAAGGCCCUGCGGGAGGAGUAUUAUCUUAAGAAGUUCCCUGAUAUUACUCAGGAGAAGUUGAAACAAGCUAUGGUUAUUAGCAAGCCUUCUAACGGGUCUUUCUUGGUUACCGGCGCUGCUAUUGACCAGAUUCCUCUCUAA